AUGUGGAGGAUCACGGCCUGCAGAGGUUCAUGGCGCCAUGAGAUUAAGCGUAAAACGGAAGCCUCGUCUAUUCGUUGUGGUGCCAAUCGCUGUCUGUCGACCGGCGCCACCGGAAAUUGCCAAGUAUCCACAGCGAGGCUCAAUUGGAAAUCUAUUCGGCCAAACGAAGGUGUGAAUUCCAAGAUGGUGUGGUUAAGGAACAGGUGA